CGGGGCUGCUGUGCGAAGAUGGCGGCCGAACUGGUAGAAGCGAUGAAUAUGGUGAAGAGUUUUCGGGUGUCUGAUCUGCAGACUCUACUGGCCUCGAUGGGCCGCAGUAAAAGUGGUUUAAAGCAAGAUUUAGUGGGAAGAGCUCUUCGUCUUGUGCAGACCGAAUACAGUCCAGAGUUGCUAAAAAACGUCCGGCAGCUCUAUGAGACGCGCUUCCCCAAAGCCUCAGCCUGGCUGGCUGCCCGACGCCCAGAGACCGUGGCUGUAAACUACCCUGCUCUCAACUCUUCGCCCAGAGGCACGGGCCAGGGUACAGACUACCUCAACGGGAUCCCCAAACCAGCCCCACCUCCUGCAGCCGAAGUCAAACUGGUGCCCCUGCCAUUCUACCACAACCUAGAAACAUUGCUGCCACCCACAGAACUCGUUGCUCAGAAUAGCGAGAAGCUGCAAGAGAGUCAGUGUGUUUUUGAUUUAACACCAAACCAAGUGGAUCAGAUCCGGAACUCUAGUGAACUACGGCCAGGGAUGAAAUCAGUUCAGGUCGUUCUCAGAAUUUGCUACACAGACUCUAUCGGCGUUCAGGAGGACCAGUAUCCUCCCAAUAUUGCUGUGAAAGUGAAUCAGUCCUACUGUCAUGUACCGGGUUACUAUCCCUCUAAUAAACCGGGUGUGGAGCCGCGGCGGCCCUGUCGACCUGUCAACAUCACACCCUGGUUACACCUCUCCACAGUCACUAACAGAGUUACCAUCACAUGGGGAAACUUUGGGAAGCGAUACUCAGUGGCAGUGUACCUAGUGAGAGUGUUCACAUCUGGAGAGCUCUUCAACCAGCUGAAGCAUUGUUCAGUGGAAAAUCCUGAUCGUUGUCGUGAAAGAAUUCAGGACAAGCUGCGCUUUGAUCCUGAAAGUGAGAUUGCCACUACAGGACUGCGAGUGUCCCUCAUCUGCCCUCUGGUGAAAAUGAGACUUGGGGUGCCGUGUCGAGUGCUCACCUGCGCCCACCUGCAAUGUUUUGACGCAGUCUUCUUUCUUCAAAUGAACGAGAAAAAGCCCACGUGGACCUGCCCUGUAUGUGACAAACCAGCUCCUUUUGAGCUCCUUACUAUCGACGGGUUACUGUCCGAGAUUCUAAAAGAGACACCAGAGGAUGUAGAGGAGAUUGAAUAUUUGACUGACGGCUCAUGGAGGCCAAUCAGAGAUGAUAAAGAAAAGGAAAGAGAGCGAGAAAACAGCCGCACGCCUGACUAUCCAGUGGUGGAUAUAUGUGUUCCUGAGGCGAACGGCCACUCCCCAGCACACAGCGGCACAAACCAGACCGGGAAGUCUGGAUCGGGAGGUGCGUCGGCAGGAACCGGCAGCACCAGUGGGGGGUCAGGAGGCGGCACUGUGGUGGAUUUGACUCUGGACGACUCGUCAGAGGAAGAAGGAGGCGGAGGAGCCGAGGACAGCGAGGAAACAGACGACAGCCAGGACAGCCCCGCUCCUAAACGGGGCAGAUACGACUAUGACAAAGACCUGGUCACCGCAUACUGAGACCGGCGGGACACAUAGACUCAUUGGGGAGGGAGGGGGUUGUAGAUGGUGGGAUCUGAGCCUUGGAAAUUCAAGAAACAUGUCCCCAUGUCCUCUCCUGAAUGCAUACACACUCAUGCACGCACACAAACAUGCACACUCAUGCGCUGCAGACCUCUGGAGCAGGCGGGCAUUGCAAUGACGAACUCUCAGAUGCCCCGUAAAGCCAUUCCCAAUCAUUCACUGCAUCUUAAUUCUGUAUCCUCCCUUUAAAGGCCAUGGAAGAGUUAACACCACCUUCAGUUCUGCUCUGUCAUCAAACAUUUCCUCUCCACUUUUGAGUUUCGACAGGUUUAACCAUACUGGGCGUUUAAGAUCUUGCCAGUUUUCGUUUUAAAUGAAGCUGUUCAGGCAUUGAGACGAGCCACAGUAUCUAAAAAAAAAAAAAAAACUUCAUUCCUUCAGUUGUGAUCAUAGAAUCUACUCAGAGGCGCUUUCUGUUAGUCCUUCACAUAAGAUGUUUAUAUUAACUGUUCGGUGUGAUUGGAGAUAUCACUGAAGAAUUUCCAUCUCUCUCACAAUAUUUUGUUUUUAUUUGUCCACAAAAGUUGACAACCUACCUCAGUCUGACAGCGGACUUGACCAGAGGGUUAUUGAAAGGGCGUUGAAUCCCUUACAUGAUGAUUUUUGGUUGUGUUUUGUUUUCGAUCCCUUUGUUUUUCUUGUGCAGCAACACUGGAGAGGCAUCAAGCAUUGCUCAUUGUUUUGUGCUUGCCCAUUUAGGCAUCAUAUUAAAAAGCUAUUGACUCGAGCAACGAGUUUCUGGUCAAGUCUGUCGGUCAACUUGCGUGUACUGAUUGGAUGUAGUGCGCAAAUCCAGAGGGAAUGGAGUUUUGACAUCAACGGUCAUUGUGAGAUGCUAGUCAGCGGGUAAAUAUUGUAUGAUAGCUAAGCUAAUAAUUAUAAUGUAUCGUUUCUGAUCAUAUAUUAGGAAAUCGCAGGUGUCAAUUUAAUUUUGUUGCUUUUAUUUUUUUGUCGUUUUGGUCUGCAAAGUCAACGCAGACUAAUAAAUCAGGUUUAGGAGAGGACAAGGUGAUGUUUUCUUCUUCUUCAAGACAUGACUGUAGUAAAUAUUAGACCUGAUCUUAUCUGAAAUUUAUUUUAAAUUUCGACUUGACAGUUUUCGCUUUUUAUUUUAGACUAAUGGCUGAUUUGUUUGAGCCCGUUUUUAUUGAGGUUACCCGUUCAUUUUCAGCAGAUGAAGAGGUGUUGAAUUUUUUUUUUUCGCGAAAUGUUUUGUGGGCUUCGCACAGCCACAGUUCUUAAAUAUGUCAGCAUGUUGCUUUGGUAGAAAACGCUGUGUCCUCACACAGCCUGCUGGUGGACGCACACAUUCAGCCAUUUGCGGCAGUUUGAACGUAAGUGGGAGGCUUGGUCAGGACUAUGCAGACUUGACCUAAACCUCGCAAGCAUUAACUUGUGCUUAAUGACCAAAUACAAAUGGCACAUCCAGGAGGCUGAUCUGCUGAGGAUUCAGGGAUGACGCGUUAGUUCUACUUGUCUUCAUAUUUUCUUCUCAGUCAACCCUGACAGGUUCUAGCAUCGCGUACAAUAUUACCUUCACCAUCAGGUCACGUAAAGCAGUCAAGGUCUCUGAUCUGGAAAUUUAAAUGUACUUUCAUGGCAUAGGAAGCUCAAUGAUUUCUUCCCUUGUUCUUCAAAAAAAUCUCUGCACUAAACCCACUGCAAUUUUUUUAAAGUUUCUUCUUCAAACGAAUCCUGAAUUCUGACUUGAAUACUCUGUACUGUAUCCUAUCUGUGUUUGGAAAGUCUCAUCAGAAGAAUACCGUCAUGAAGGGUCAGUUUUAGGAUUGUCUUUGGGUCGGCAUGGUCUUCCAUCCUUUUUUUUCAUGAUACGCCCAACUUUUUUCACCUUUUUGUUUUAAAUGAAUUAUCUGCGCUGCUGUUAAGCAGCUUCAUAUUAUAAGCCCUUCAUGUAGUACGUUCCUACAAAUUUGACCAGUUUUGUGAUUUUUCACAUUUAAGGUAAGGAACUUAAUAGACUUCCAUCUUUAGAUAUUCUAGAUCGUUCUAUUAGAAAAAUGUGGAUAAAAUGUACAUUUGCUUACGAUUAAAAGGUAAAUAAAA